GGCUUUUGGCUUCGAGGUAGUCAUUGGGUGCUAAAGGGCUUCACUGUUGCCGACUCUCCAAAGGGUAUAGUACUGGAGGGCGCCUCACAUAACCUCAUAGACAACGUUGAGGUGCAUAACGUUAAGCAGGAGGGCGUCCACUUCCGGUAUGGCAGCUCCGAUAAUACAAUCCAGAACUCGUACAUUCAUCACACCGGGAGGGGCACCACAAAGGAUCAGGGUUAUGGCGAGGGUGUCUACCUCGGACAAGCGUUUACUUCUGUGAGCAAUUGGCAGGGUGGCAAACCAGACAAGAGUGACCGAAACAAAGUGCUAAACAACCGGAUCGGACCCGAAGUCACAGCCGAGUGCAUAGACAUCAAAGAAGGCUCGUGUUGUGGUGAAGUGCGGGGCAACCACUUCGAUGGCCAUGGUGAAUCGGGACAAAACUAUGCCGAGUCUCACAUCGAUGUUAAGGGCGAUAAGUAUGUUAUCGAAGGCAAUACCGGCACUCAUCCAUUGAAAAACGGUUUUGAGAUUCACCACCAGGCAAAGGCUGGUAUAGGCGGCUGCGAAAAUACUAUUAAAGGCAAUACUUGCAGCGGUUUACCAUCGGGUGGCAAAUGUACAAUUAGCUUUUCCAAGGCCUGCAAAAACUACAUUGAUAAC